AUGAGGUUGUCCCUCGACUUUUCGUUACUGACCCUGGCAGCAUUAAGUUCUGCUCAAUUCUUUCCACCAACGCCUGAAGGGGUUACAGUCGUCAAGUCAAAGAUCCAGGAUGGAGUGUCUAUUUCGUUCAAAGAGCCGGGAAUUUGCGAGACGACCCCUGGCGUCAAAUCAUAUGCAGGCUACGUACACUUGCCACCAGGUAUCCUCGACGACCUGGGGAUCUUCCAGAAUUACACCAUAAACACCUUUUUCUGGUUCUUCGAAUCAAGGAAGGAUCCAGCAAAUGCGCCAUUGUCGAUAUGGAUGAAUGGUGGCCCAGGGAGUUCGUCGAUGAUCGGUCUGUUGCAGGAAAAUGGACCUUGCAAUAUCAACUAUGACUCCAACUCGACGACCCUAAAUCCGUACUCUUGGAACAAUGAGGUGAACAUGCUUUAUAUCGAUCAACCCAAUCAGGUGGGGUUAAGCUACGACAUUCUUGUCAACGGCACGCAAGACCUUCUUGAUCCCAGUGGCGAUGUCGUUGUGGAUGACUUUACUACCGUAGUUCCUGAGCAGAACAACACGUUUCUUGUGGGAACCUUCCCGUCGCAACUGUUAAACUCAAGCGCCAACGGAACCACCAACGCCGCGAGAGCCCUGUGGCAUAUGGCUCAAGUCUGGUUUCAGACGUUCCCUGACUACAAGCCUAACGAUGACCGGGUCAGCAUCUGGACGGAAAGCUACGGUGGCCAUUAUGGGCCGGCAUUUGCUGCAUUCUUCGAAGAGCAGAACCAGAAAAUCGCAAACGGCACUUGGGCCGACGUAGGGGAAACAUACGAGAUUCACCUCGAUACCCUCGGCAUCAUCAACGGAUGUAUCGAUACCCUUAUUCAAGAACCUAGCUAUCCUGAGAUGGCAUUCAACAAUACCUACGGCAUCAAAGCGAUCAACCAGAGUAUCUACGACGCAGCCCUGAAAAGCUUCACGGAACCUGGCGGUGUACGAGAACUUAUCGAGACGUGCAGAGCUCUAGCUGCCGAGGGAGACCCUGAAAACCAGGGCAACAAUGCGACAGUGAACGAUGCUUGCUCAGCCGCCAACGAUGCCACCUGGGACAUCGAAGGUCCCUAUGUCGACUAUUCGGGACGAAAUUACUAUGACAUUGCAGCCAUUGACCCUGAUCCGUUUCCACCGAAUUACUACAUCGGUUAUCUCAACCAGCCGCAUGUGCAGGCCGCGCUGGGAGUUCCCGUCAAUUACACCAAUCCGGGAGGUAAUACCCCGUACUAUGCAUUUCAGGAUACCGGAGACUAUCCCCGCGGCGGUUACCUGGAAGAUCUCUCGUACUUGAUCGACAACGGAAUCAAGGUUGCUUUGGUGUACGGCGACCGUGACUACGCGUGCAAUUGGAUCGGAGGGGAAGCAGUGUCGCUGGCCGUCAACUAUUCGCACACCUCCGACUUUGCGGCCGCGGGGUAUGCGAACAUCAGCGUCAACUCGAGCUAUGUUGGCGGUUUGGUCCGGCAGUUUGGGAACUUCAGCUUCUCUCGCGUCUUCCAGGCCGGUCACGAAGUACCUGCGUACCAGCCUGAGACGGCGUAUGAGAUCUUUCGCCGCGCGCUCUUCAAUCUCGACAUUGCGACGGGCAAGGAAGACACGGCCAAGAAUGACUCGUUUGCGACGACAGGAUUGUCCGACACUUGGUCGGUCAAGGAUGUUCCGCACGAAACCAGCGAGGUUGUUUGCUACACACUCGCUUCGAGCGCCAGCUGCAACGACGAGCAACUCCAGAGUAUCAUUGACGGGUCGGCGUUGAUUUCGAAGUAUAUCCUCGUGGACAAUUACACGCUGGGUCAGUUUCCUGGUCUGGUGGCUGCGGGCAACGGAAGUGGCAAUGACAGUGGUAACGGCAACGGCACUGGCACUGGGGGCAAUGGUUCUUCCAGUGGUACUCAAGACAACGGCAGUGCGACAUUGAUUGGUAUGAGUGUUAGCGUGGGUAUGUGGGUACUGGUUGUUGUGACCGUCAUGGCAACGACAGGCUUGUGA